UAUUUCUCUUCCGCCAAAUUGUCAGGCCUGUAAAUUUCGACAACAUAUUCUUAUAUGCAAAGCGGUAUAUUAUUGCGUUAUGGAUAACGGGGAUAUUCUUAGCAGAUUGGACUAUGUAUGCGCCGAGUGUCGCCGGCUUAAUUUAGUGCUGCAGCCACCGGCGACGAGAGGAUGCCAUUCAGCGGACAAAUUGGCUAUUUCAUUUUUGAUCGCGCUAUUCUCCAGUUGAAGCUGAGAGCGGGGGAUUGGUGCAUGGGAGCCAAGUGGAUCUGUGGCUGAUCCGCUGCAGACUCUAUGCAUUUGUAGUCGGUUGAAUACAGCAGUGCGAGCUAUCCGCAUCCCAUUCCGCUGACAACCAAUAUGGAAGCACAAUGCGCCCGGAUAACGUUAUUAAGCCAUCAACGCCAGUCGUAAAUACUGCGACGUUUCCUGCAUUAUUCGGCGUCUACGCAUCGUUGUGGAUCGGUCUUUUAUGUUGGAUGAUCCCGGCAAGUUAUGGGAUCCAGUGUUUCGUUUGCGAUGUGGUUCAUCUCAAUUCGGAAUGUAAUGGAACGGAAAAUAUCAUGCAAUGCCCGAUUACGUACGACACCUGCAUGACCAUGAUUCGCUAUUCCAGUGACGUAGGGAAGAUGCAGAUCAGUAAGUUGUGCAGCAAACGGGAAGCGUGUUGGACGCAGCGGCGUGUGCUGAGCGAGUACGCGGCCUGCGAUGCCAAUGAGACUGACGAGUGGGCCUGUGUCAGCUGCUGUGAUAGCCACGAUCUCUGCAACACCAACCGCGCCGGAAGUGAGCUCGGACGCCUCCCCGUGCCGGCUAGCGCUGCGACGGCGGCGCUCUUAGUCUUCCUCUGGCUGUAAUAAUCGCAGUCUGCUUCCUGCCCGGUGCCACUGGACGAGUGCGCCCGCGGCGGCGUCUUGCAAUUAACUGACACGAUGUGUAGCUCUGAGUUCGCUGAUUACGGCGUUAGCUGCAGCUGCAUUGUGCACUGAUACGGAAGAAAUCGUAUACAAAUUUUUGUCAAUGCACUAAUACGAGUUAGCAGUGCCGGGACCACAUACGUGGCACUUUUCCUGUCUGCUGGCGAUAUCGAUGUUUCGAAAGCAGCUGCUGUUGUUGUACGAGUAUCUUUUUAUAAUUACUUUUAUCCCACAAACGGGCCAAAACAACAUCCAGUUAAGGAUUCACUGCUUAAUAAUUUCCCGCACUCUGUUAUCACAAAUUUACAAUACAUAAUAUCGUGUACACGUUCCCAAGACAAAAAACCGUUUAACCGCUACGAACUCUUAAGCUGCUGCCCUUUGAGCGUUAAGUAGUGGAAUGGGUUACCGCUUGUUUCCGAUUUCUCUGCUACAACCAUCCUUGAUUUCGUAGUAAUUCCGUUACUCGGCUUGCAACUGCGUACAUAAUAUAUAUAAUACUCGAAAUUUUUUAAUUGAGGCAAACAAAGCUUGAUAAUUUAACGGUUACCAAAGAUACUCGUAUGUCAAAAUAACUUACUUGUUAGUACGCUUUAGCAUCGCACGCUUUCUGGUGUU